AUGAAAACCGUGUCCUCCAUCGCUGCUGCCGGCUCAGUGACUGCUCUCUCCGCGGUAGGGCUGGUCGUUGCCCGCCGUGAGGACCAACACCACCUCCCCAGCAAUCGACCGGGCACCACCCCAGGAGGGGACAUGACCGCCGUGGCCAGCUACCCACUCUCGACACCUCUCGAUUUCCCCUACGCAUACGACCGUCCGCCCACGAGACGACUGGCCAGCGAAGGAAACAAUGGGCCCACAUAUCUGGGCAGCCAGAAAGCAGACAAGAAGAGGCGCAUCAGUCUGACUGCGCGGGCGAGUUACAGCGCUGGCAUGGAUAGGGGAGAUCGGGGCAUGAGGCCGGAGGAAGAACAGCGAGGUGGACGGCUGAUAUCGAGUGCGUUGCGUCGUUUGAGCAGCAGUAGAAGCCGCACGCCGACGAGUCGUCCCAGCUCCGCCGCGUACACGAAUGGAUCGAUACCGAUUUCGCAGAGUGGCUCGACGACGCCCAUGUUCCUCAGCAACACGCCCUCACCCUUGCCGCCAAACAAGCUUGUCAAACGGUCUGCCUCGCUGCACAGCACCAAUGGAUCGUCGCCUCAGCAGGGUUCCGGCUCGAGACUGCCCAUCCCGACGUUUCGAAGGCCUGCGACAAGCCAUCAGCGCUCCGCCACGCUUCAGGACCGCCUCUCCUCCUCUGACCGCAGUGGUCGCGUGUCCAUGGAUGGCGGCAGUCGAGAAGCACGUGACUCGUCGUGGCGGCACUACUUCACGCCGCGGGUGUCGCUGGGCGAGCUUUCGAGCGCGCGCAGCAGCAGACGAAGUUCCACGAGCAUUCCAAAUCCCAUCAAGCGCGUGUACCCCGACCGCAAGUACACGCCCACCCUCAUUUCGGCCAGGGAGCUACUUGUGAAGCCCGGCAGCAGCGUCGAGGUCGACGACGUGUGGAGCGACGACGAGCAGCAAGACCAUGCCCCCGCUGCCUCCUUCCACAUGCCGCCCAGCACCGCCUCGUCGCCGUUUCCGCCGCACGCGCCGCACUUCGAAGAAGCCACCGCGCCUCGGCGGUCCUUCUCCAUAGGCGAUCUGCUGUCUACCGGCCCGCAGGCGACAUGGCGGCGGCCAUCUACGAGCAGAGGCAAGCUGACCAAAGCCCAGCGCAAAGGACGACCGCCAGUGGCCUCCGAGCCCGGCCAUCUUCCAAUGGGCCACGCCUUCAGCACCGCCGCCGCCGAGUCGGAGCGACCAGCCAAAAGGCGCGACCUCACUGACCCGAGAGAAUCGCAGCGCAGCAUCUACUCCUCCGCCAGCAGCAACAUCGCCCCCCAGAACGACCCCCGCCAAGAAAUCGACGUCAACCUCGGCGGCGAGUCUCCGUUCAUGCAAUUCACACCCGACCACUCUCUGUUUGUCGAGCCGACAAACGCACACGCUACUACGUCGCCUACCGAGCACUCCCGUCUACCGUCAGCCGCGCUCUCGUCAUCUUCGUCCAGACCUGCACGCCUCUCUGAAAUCACCUCCACCAUAGGCUCCGACAGCGAAUAUCGAUCUGUGGGCGACAACAGCACCGACUACCAAAGCGACGCAGCCUUCGACUCGAUACAGACUCGGACCACACGCAGCAGCUCGGGUCGCCGGGGUCCUCACAUUGAGACUAUCUUCGACGAUUCACCUCCCGCCUUUUCAUCUGGCAAGAGUACUCGACUUCGAGACUUUCUCAGUGACGGCCAGGUCGGUGGUGAGUAUAAUGGACGCUUUCGGCACAGCACGAUCGAGGAAGAAGACAGCGUGCUGAGCACCCCUGUCCGCUCCUUACACAACAAAAGCGUCACAUCCACUCCUUCGGCACGUCCUGGCGCCCCGCACAUCUUCUCAUCGUCUCCGCCGACCAUGAACAUCAUGCCUGAUCCUGAUGAGAUUGAUUGGGAUGCCGCGGACGAUGAGAAGUCUGAAAGAGGGCUGGGCAUAGAUCAAUUAUCUGGCACGCCCACUUUGAAUGGUUCCACGACAGAUCGAAGUCUGCCAUUCCGAUUCGGCCCAACACUCCGACCCAGCAAUUCACGCUCGGCAAAUUCUACACCCCAACGCAAUGGAGCGUCUCCAAUUGAUCGAGCGAAUCUUUUCGACUGGGCUGAGCAACAACCGAGUCCGAGUCAUCCCAGUAACUCUCCUCCACGCCCGCGCACGGUCCACGGCAAGAAGGACCAAGACAGCAGAGGAAGCAGACCUGCUGGACGUCGACCUGCGAGUGGCAUGCAUGCACGGAGUCACAGCGUCCCGGUUGUCCCUGACUUGGAUGGCAAGCGAAACAGCGUAGUGGCUAACAAGUUCGGCACAUGGGGCGUGGGCAGCAAAGCGGUCACUGAGGAUUGGAAUGAAGACUUCGAGUUUGACGAGAUUCGAGUACCUGAUCAUGGUCCCGUCGUUCUGGACGAAAAGCGCAUUGACAGUGGCCACGAGAUGUUUGUGCCUAGGUCGAUCAGGGAGCAGCAGGAAAAUGUCGUUGCAAACAUUGGAUUGCUCAGGGAAUGGGGUCUCUUGAUCGAAGAGCUGAAGGAACUGCGUGUCAGAGCUUCAGCACUUGACAUGCUACAUGGAGCGUACGCGAAAUCAUGGCAAGAGGUUGAUGCUAUGAUUGAAUUGGCCGAUCAAGAAUCUGAAGAGCAGACUCUUGAACCACGAAGAUCGCCACCGUCAUCGCCUGGGUUCGAUUACAGCGCUUUCGAAGAUACGCCAAACCGUCCAAAGCAAGUUCCUCUGAAGACGUAUACGCUCGAUACCGAUACGAACCACGUGUCGCCGCCUUCCACGCCGCAGAGUACGCCAUUCAGAACACGGCCACGAAAGGACUCGGAAUUGGUAGCCCAGAAUGUCAUUGCGGCCUUGCAGUCAAGAAGAAGCAUAUCUGACCCGGCUGACGCCAAUGGAGCUGCGGCGAAGAAAGUACCAUUCGACACGGCCACUCUUCGACAUAUCGUUCCAUACGUGCAUGGUCUAAAGCGAAAGGUCAAGGAGGCUCUUCGCGAGACGGAAGGUCUUUACUCGAGCCCUCGCCGUCGACGAUCGCACAGUUCAGAGAUUUCCUUGAAGCGACAAGAAGAUGGAAACAGCUUGCGUGACAUCUUCGACGACCCUUCGAACAACCACAGCACCAAACAGCGGCCUUCUCGACGCGAGAGGGCAGCAACAGAUAACGACGGAGGCGACGACCAGUCACGAUUGUCCGGCCAAAGUGCGACACUGGCGAAACGAAUGCAGAGGAUCAGCAUACUCCCUUGA